UGACAAGUUGGUAGCAUUACAAGUUUAAUUAUUUAAGAGUACAAUGAUUAUUUUUCCUCAUAAUGGAAUUUGUGCCAAUAGUUUCCGCGGUUUCAUUGUGUUGGUCAUUGUUUCACCGUUGAAAAAGUUGAACAGAUAAUGAAAUAUACAAGACCUAGGGAGACUAUAGGACGAGCCAAUAAAUCGGCAUUGUUCCAUACAGUUAUUAUUGUACUGCUAUUGUUAUUUCUCAAAGAGUGAUUGUAGAUAAAGGGACUUUAAUUGUAUUUUUGGAGAGUGUAUGCAAUUACAAUAAACUUGAAUUGUCAUUCAAGCGGAUUUUAAAAAUAAAUUAUGCAAAACAAGCUAAAAUUGGCAGAAGGUGGAACUAUUUAAUUAAUAUUUCUCUGCAGUGAACAUUGCUGGAUAAAGAAAACUUCAAACGGAAGACAGACCUAUAAAAACGACGCGUCAAAAUGAUGAACGCUUACAAUAUGGACGCUACGAGUCCACCGAUUCUGUUCCACGCCUCUUCAAGACGGAAAGAAAAGGAAUUUUGGGAAACUAUAAAGAGUCAUCUUACAUAUAAAGGGUUCUAUGACAAAGCUCCAACGCCAAGACUUCUUCGUGAGGCACAAGAUGAGUACAGAAGUAUCAAGCUAGAUCCACCUCUAGAUGCCACGGGUAAACCCCUCCCGUAUCCUGCACUAACAAGUAAAGCUGACAUUAUUGAUAGAGAUGCUAUUGAAACCAUUGACUGCCAUGCAUUAGGGGCACCUAGGGUGCUAGCCUACGAAGACAUGUACAAGCUGGUGAAGUACCUGAUAGGAGAAUGUAACAAUGACGUAGAGCGGCUACGUGCCAUAUUUCGCUGGAUAGCUUCACAAAAUCUCAAGCAGUGGCAUGAUGAGGUUUCCUUCAACAGGGAUUCAGCGGCCUAUUAUCUUGCAAGAAUAAGAGCCAAGAAGGCAAAUCAUAAUCAACUUCUACAGCGUAUGUGCAGUUUAGCGAACAUCUACUGUGUAAAAAUUCGAGGUUAUGUGAAAGGUGUGGACUACGGAUUGGGCCAAGAACUAACAGACUGUGACUCAACGUGGACAGCCGUGCUUGUUGACGGGUCCUGGCGCCUUCUCGAUGUUUACUGGGCUACAUGUCAUCGUGUACACUCGGGAGAUAGCUCGUGGGAAUUAAUCGAUGAUGGUCAGAGUGACAUUACAUCUCUGGCUUCUACACCACGUGGUCAUCCAAAAGUGUCUAAGACAGAAUACGCAUACAAUGACUAUUAUUUUCUGACAGAUCCAGAGCAAUUCAUAUACUCGCAUUUUCCGAUCGAUGAGAAAUGGCAGCUUUUGGCAAGGCCCGUGACUCUUGAGGAAGCUAAACGAAUGGCUUUGCUGAAAAGGAACUUUUUCAGCCUUGGAAUGGACAUCAUUUCGCAUCCACGUUACGUCAUCGAAUGCGAUGAUGGGGAGGUACAGGUAACUUUCUCUACUCCCAAUGAUGUAAAGACGAAUUACAAAUAUGAACUUUACGUUGAAUCGGAUGGUGGAAGUCUAGAGGAACUGCACAAUCUUAGCCUUGACAGAUACGUUUUCUUGGAGAAGGUAACAAAAGAAAACCUUCUGAAUGUUAAAAUGCGAUUCCCCGCUGUUGGAAAAUACAAACUAAAGAUCCUAGCCAAAGAGCAUGAUGAGCGGUCAUUUUACUACACCGUUACAUAUAUCAUUGAUGUCCUAAGCCCUCUUGAGAACUGCCGACCUUUGCCUAAAAAUGAAAGAGGGGAAUGGGGCCCUGGUUUGGAGACAGAAGAGCUUGGCUUGGAACCAAUAACGCACGAUUCAGGGGAAGUUCCGACAGAUGACGGAAAAGCCGAAGUGAGGUUCGGUAUGUCUAAACCAGUAGAAUUCAAGCAUAAACUAGUUACAGGCGAUGACCAGGAACUUCCAAACAGAGUCAUACACCGUGUUGAGAACUCUGAGGCUGUGUUUAAUAUAAGAGUCCCAGAUGAAGGAGAGUAUGCUUUUAAUGUUUAUGCAAGAGAAGAGGGAGAGAAGGGAGAGUACCCUAAUGUAUGCAAUUACCUGUUGAAAUGUGACGAAGAGCCCGAAGAUAAACACGCAUUCCCUGACGUGGGAUCGGACAAACUUGGUCCAACUCCUGCCUUUGAAGAUUUGGGUAUGAAGAAUAUUUCCAUAAUGCCAGCUUUGAUGUUAGCACCUGUGACAGGAGAAGUCACUUUGCAAUUUAAACUGACACACGAUGCCGUGUUCAUACCAGAACUCUUGUUACACAAUGACGAUGGAUCAAAAUCUGACUUCUCUGAGUACACGAUGUGGGAUAUAUUGGCUGGAGUGGCUACAUUUUACAUUACUCUACCGAGAGUUGGAAUGUAUAGUCUGGCUAUCCGAGCUAAGCCAUCAGUUGACGCCGAAAACUUCACUCCAAUUUUUCACUCAAUCAUUGACGCCAUCAUUCCAAAGAAACAAUGCCUUCCUUGUCCACAACAGUCUAUUGACUGGCCACCUGAAUGCCAUGUGCUUAGACCUCUCUCUGGAGUUCUAGCCGCGAGAGAAAUGGUUCGUUUUGAAAUAGAUUUCUCACAGGCAUAUGAACUAAUCGUAACAAGCGGUAAUGGGUCCAAGCUGCUAAAGAAGAAUUCCGGAGGUAUAUGGGAAGGUGAAGUGUUGGCAGGGAAUGAAGACUCUGUAGUGACGAUAUCAGUGAGAUACAGUGAUAGAGAUGAUUAUCACUAUAUCCUCACUUACAAGGUAAUAGACAGAGAUGAAAUUGUUGGUGAGAGACUUCGUCAAUUAGAUCGCUACAAAGAGGCAGUAGCUAGAGCUGAAGCAUUGCGUGAAGCUGGCAAACUGCCAAAAAAUUUUGACUGGUCUAAACUGGAAGACAUAGAUGACGAGGAUCUGGAAGAACUGGAGAACACAAAGUGUACCCAGACAGUGUUGACCCUGCUUACAGCCGAUCUCCAGCUCACCAGUCAGUAUCUGUAUUACGGAGAGUGAAAACUCAUGACCGAACUGUUCCACAUUUUAUGUAUUGAAUAUGGAGAACAAAACACUGUGUGUCGGUGUAAAAAAGCUCUGUUAAGAUAUUACUGCCACCAUUUUGUAAAUAAUUUAAGACGAUAUUAAUGAAGUGGACUUUUGUUUUGAGUUUUGUUUCGUAUGUUUUAUAAGAACUCCAUUAUGUGAAUCGUUAAAAGACUGGAAAAAUAUAAGAAUUGAUUGUACAAUUGCUGUCUAUAUUAGUAUGUAUGCAAGUGUUGGAUAAAGAUGACAAGCCGUCGUUAGCGAUCAUUCAAAUUCGUCACGUGCCUGCUAAUCUUAUGUAUAUGUGAUUCUUUUGCUCUGUGUAAGCCUUUAUUGACCUUUAAAGAAACGUUGGAUGUUCUCCUUACUAACAAAAAUGAUGCCAUGACGUUCCAAAGGCACUUCCGGCUUAGUUUUAUUAUCAGUAGCGUAAAAGUGCUUAUUGUUCAUGAAUUAACUUUUUCUGUCGAAGGUACGAUACCGCAAGUAUCACGAUAUCUGCUUUUUACGAUCAUAUCUACAACUUCUACUAGCUAAGGAAUUGGCUGGAAGCCAUAAAAUUGAAUGAUAAAAUGAAUGCAGAAACUUGAAUAUAUAAUAAUUGUUAUUUGUAUAAAUUAUGUAGCAAGUGUUGAUAAAUAAUAGCGGUGAUCAAUCUAAUGUUAAUUUGAACUUUAUGUACUUAUUCGAUGCAUUCUAACUAAAAGACAUAUUUCAAGUAACUACAUAUUAUUUGACAAACUGAUUAAGAAGUAGUACAAAUCGUUUGCUGAAAAAGAUUUAUGAAAAGUAAUGAAAUUCAAAUAUGCAGUAUAACAUCGUUUUAUAGUGUUACAUUUAUUACAGAACUGCUUUGAAUUUACCAUAUAUCCAUUUUUAUGCCUGUUACGUUUUUCAUUAUGCUACUUUUCUUCUUUCCGUAAUGUGCCAAAGUAAGUCUGUUUAAUUUUUGAGACCUCAAAUUUUUACUGUGUGUUUUCUUCAAUAAAGCAUAUAUAUUUGUUGUA